AACGAUCAUCUUUCCAAAGAGCGGAAGACCAGUCAGUGAAUUAUGAAUGUUAAACAAGAUGACCUCCUCUCAGCAGCAGCAGAUGAUGCGAGGUCCUAGGUGGAACCGGGCCUUGUCCGACCCUUUGUUUGUACUGCUCCUGGCCCUCCAGCUGUUGGUGGUUGCGGGUCUGGUACGUGCGCAGACUUGCCCCUCUGUCUGCUCCUGUAGUAAUCAGUUCAGCAAAGUCAUCUGCACACGGAGGGGCCUGCGCGAGGUCCCUGAUGGAAUUUCUACCAACACGCGCUACCUAAAUCUGCAAGAAAACCUCAUCCAGGUGAUAAAAGUGGACAGCUUCAAGCACCUAAGACAUUUGGAGAUCUUGCAGCUGAGUAAAAACCACAUACGCAAAAUAGAGCUUGGGGCCUUCAAUGGACUCGCUAGCCUCAAUACCCUGGAGCUUUUUGACAACCGCCUCACCACAAUCCCAAAUGGGGCAUUUGAGUACCUGUCCAAACUAAAGGAGCUAUGGUUAAGGAAUAACCCUGUAGAGAGUAUUCCCUCCUAUGCUUUUAACAGGGUGCCCUCAUUACGGCGGCUGGACCUUGGGGAACUUAAAAGGCUUUCCUACAUAUCUGAGGGAGCCUUUGAAGGGCUGAGCAAUCUUCGCUACUUAAAUCUGGGAAUGUGCAAUCUGAAGGAAAUCCCAAACCUUAUUCCCCUGGUGAAGCUGGAUGAACUGGAAAUGUCAGGAAACCAGCUCUCUGUCAUUCGCCCUGGCUCUUUUAAAGGACUCGUUCAUCUGCAGAAGCUAUGGAUGAUGCAUGCUCAGAUUCAGACUAUAGAGAGGAACUCGUUCGAUGACCUCCAGUCACUGGUGGAGCUUAAUUUAGCCCACAACAACCUCACCCUCUUGCCGCAUGAUCUCUUUACCCCUUUGCAUCAUCUGGAGAGGGUGCAUUUGCACCACAACCCUUGGAAUUGUAACUGUGACAUUCUCUGGUUGAGCUGGUGGCUUAAAGAGAUGGUCCCGGCAAACACCAGCUGCUGCGCCCGCUGCAGCUCACCGACUCACCACAAGGGGCGCUACAUUGGCGAGCUGGAUCAAAACUACUUUCACUGUUAUGCUCCUGUUAUUGUGGAGCCCCCUGCCGACCUAAAUGUGACGGAGGGGAGCGCUGCCGAGCUGAAAUGUCGAGCCAGCUCUUUGACCUCAGUGAGCUGGAUUACACCCAACGGGUCCAUCAUGACACACGGUGCGUACAAGGUCAGGAUCUCAGUACUAACUGACGGCACUCUAAACUUCACCAACGUUACCAUGCAGGACACUGGUACGUACACAUGCAUGGUCAGUAAUUCAGCCGGUAAUACAACAGCAUCUGCCACUCUCAACGUGUCCUCCACUGAGAAUAGCAGCUUCAGCUACUUCACCACAGUGACGGUAGAGACUAUAGAAACGCCACAUAACGAAGGCUUUACCACCGUCGUACAGCAGAAGGUGGGGCCCACUCCAUCUGCUCGAACAUGGAAGUCUAUUUCCCCCACCUCUACAACCACUACCACAGUCCAGACCCCUCUUUCCACCCGUACCACAGAGAAGACCUACACAAUACCCGUCACUGAAUUUGGUGGGGAAGGCUCACUGAAUGGCUUGGAUGAGGUCAUGAAGACAACCAAGAUUAUCAUCGGCUGCUUUGUCGCAAUCACACUCAUGGCAGCCGUCAUGCUGAUCAUCUUCUACAAGAUGCGCAAACAGCACCACCAGCAGAACCACCACGCGCCCACUCGCACCAUUGAGAUCAUCAACGUGGACGAGGACUGCGUAACCGGUGGACCAGGCAUGGAGAGCCACUUGACUUUGCCUCCUCUUGAACACGAGCACCUCAACCAUUACAACGCGUAUAAAACUGCAUACAACCAUGUCUCCACUAUCAAUUCCAUACACAGCUCGGCGCAUGAACCUUUGUUAAUCCGAGCCAGUUCGAAAGACAAUGUACAAGAGACCCAAAUCUGAACGUGUUCCUUUUGUCCCCCUUGUCAUGGAAUCACACGAAGACUUUGCUGACGGUACAUGUUUAACGAUUCGUUUUGAGGAGAUAGCUCAAACACGGACGAACCACUGUGUGUUUGGUGAUGUUUCUUCAAUGACUUUGGUAAUUAGGGUAUGUCUGUUACAAAAAGUGUCUUUACAAAACAAAAAGUUAUUUAUUUAAGAAAAAAAAAUGUUGUUGUUAAAUCAAGAAAAAAAAACAGUAUUCUACAAUUAUUUUUUCAGGACUUAGUUUGUUUUUCUUGCCUUUUUCUUAUGUAGACUGACUGACAUGAAUUGUUUAUAUUUAGGAAACUGAAUACUUUGUUUUUUUUCCAGAACAUCUAGAACAGAUUGGACUGGUUUCCUGAGCUGCGGAGUAAGGGAUGAAGUAUUUUGCGACUAUUUGGGAAUUGGAUGAAGUACAUAUCGUACGGCAUCAAAACAUUGCCAAAAAAAAAAAACUUGAGCAUAAAAACGACACUCUUCAUGCGAUCACGAGCUCAUUCUGCGUGUGUUCAACAACAACUUUUAACAAAUUGAUGUCAUUAAAGAUAGAUUAUUUUAACUGACACAUUUUUAUGACUGGAUAUGUGCACCCCAAUCUACUUUAUAUGAUAAAAGGUAGCUAAUUUAUCCUUGCUCUGAUGUCAU